AGCCGAGCAUUCAUUCAAAGACCUUGACUGGCGCUACUGAAGCCUGGAGGCUCAGUAGUGAUUCAGCAGCAGCGGAGCAGCGCUUAGGAGACAGUGGUGGUGAGAAGGAAGGAAUAAAGGGAAAAAAGAGAAAAGGAAAUUUCAAAAGAAGGAGGUGAACAACGUGAGCCGCGCGCCGAUUUGGAGCCGCGUUUUCAUCGCUUAACAACACGGAGUGAAAGGGGAUUUAAAGAAAAGAGAGAGAGAAGCCGGUGAAAACUUCUCCCAUCGCGGCCAAAACCUUCUGAUUUUACUUAAAAAACAAUUAAACUCCGGGAAAUUCGGUUUGCAGCGGAUUUUGACGGAUGCGCACCGGAGCUAUCCAGGGGUGUAGCCGCGAUUCCCGUCGUGCGUCUUUGCGCUGUUAGAGGUGGUGUGUGACUGAGUGUGUGUGAGAGAGGAGGAUACAGAUAGAGGUGGAGGAUCAGCCGGAGUGGCCGACCAGCCAGAAGGAUGCUGGAGGGCAAUGCCUGCAGAAAGAGAGGAUGAGAUUUGUCGAAAGGCGCUGGAACUGCUCUCGGACCUUUGCUCCAAGGGAGAGGUGCAGGACGACAGCUGCCUGGAUUUCAUUUACUACUUCAGGGAUCUGGCCAGACCCCGUUACACGGACUCAGAAUCAUCCAUUUGCAGCCAUCGCAGCCUCGCAGACCCCUGCAGCUGUCACUUUCACACCGUGUUUUCUGAAGUGCCUCCCACAUCUUGGUUUGAUGUAUCGGUGAGCCUGUUGUCUCUGCUGGUGACCACCUGUGGUCUGGCUCUCUUCAGCGUCUCCCUCUUUGUCUCAUGGAAGCUGUGCUGGGUGCCACUAAGUGGUCGUUUCCUCCCAGAUGUCCUCAAGGGGGCACACUUCUUGGGAGGAGACCAACAACCUGUCCUCACAGAGGUGGACGGGGAGGAAAGGGAAUACAGUGAAGAUGGCUGUGUGAAGGAGCCUUCGGGGCCCCCUUCGGGUGUGCCUGUCCCGGAGUCGGCCUUGAAGAUAAGCCACACAUCACCUGACAUCCCACUGGAGACGCAAACUAAGGUGGAGAAAAACCAUGCUCACACUCUGGCCAGGGACAGGGUUCAGAGACAGAUUACUGAACCUACCUCUUCUGUACGGCACAACUCCUUUCGUCGUCAAAUGAACUUAUCCAAUCCCGACUUCAACCCUGCUCAGUUCCAGCGCCAGGAGUCUUUGUCUGGUUUGGGUCGGAUCAAACCAGAACUUUACAAGCAGCGCUCAAUAGAUGCAGAAGAUGGCCAUAGAACCUCUAACUGUGGGCGCCUUCACUUUAUCCUUAAGUUUGACUUUGACCUGGAGCAGCUGAUCGUGAAGAUCCACAAGGCCCAGGACCUUCCUGCCAAGGAUUUCUCAGGGACCUCUGAUCCUUACGUCAAAAUCUACCUGCUGCCCGACCGCAAAACCAAGCACCAGACCAAGGUGCACCGGAAGACACUCAACCCGGUUUUUGAUGAAGUGUUCCUCUUUCCUGUGGCGUACGCAGAUCUGUCGAAUCGUAAGCUACACUUCAGUAUUUACGACUUUGACAGGUUCUCUCGCCAUGAUUUGAUUGGCCAAGUGGUGGUGGACAACUUCUUGGAUCUUUCCGACUUUCCCCGGGAGACAAAACUGUGCCGGAACAUACAAUAUGUAACCUCGGACAAUGUGGACCUUGGAGAGCUGAUGUUCUCACUGUGCUAUCUCCCAACGGCUGGCAGGCUUACCAUCACAAUUAUCAAAGCCAGAAACCUCAAAGCCAUGGACAUCACUGGAGCCUCAGAUCCAUAUGUGAAAGUGUCUCUGAUGUGUGAUGGUCGAAGGCUAAAGAAGAGAAAGACAUCGACUAAGCGUAACACUCUGAAUCCAGUGUACAAUGAGGCCAUUGUGUUUGAUGUUCCUCCUGAGAGCAUUGACCAGAUCAGCCUGCUAAUAGCUGUCAUGGACUAUGAUCGGGUUGGGCAUAAUGAAGUGAUCGGGGUAUGCAGGGUAGGCAGUGAGGCCGAGAGCCUUGGGCGAGACCACUGGAAUGAGAUGCUGACGUACCCACGGAAGCCAAUCGCACACUGGCACCCGCUCAUAGAGUGGGUUGGACAAGGAGCGACGGUGAGUGGAAGCCAAGGAGGAUCCACCAAUUCCCUGAAGACACCACCAUCACCAUAACCCCACACACACACACGCACGCACGCACGCACGCACACACACACACACACACACGCACCAGUAUACUUACACCAACACACACAGACACACACAGAUAUAGAGCCUCAGGGUGGUAGAACAACGGGCCAACAGACAGUCCUACUUGAUGUUAAAACAUACAGUACAAAUUGUGGCUAAGAAGUGGCUGCAGCAGUGGGCUAACAUCAGCUAUAAGCCAAUACUCAAACUGUGUGUCAUUAGAUUGAACUAGGUGUUAGUGUGAUAAGGCUGGAGCAAAGUCUGAUUCCCACUUCCUUUUGUGUCUUCACAACCAAAUAAACACUUAACUACAUUCCAGCUAAACUAGUACAGUACUUAUUGAGCUGUUACUGACAGUAUUAACAGAUUAUCUAACAGAUUAAGCUUAUGCCUCUUUUUUGUUUAUAGGAAAAUUGCAGUUUGUGGACCAAAAUAUUAUAUUUUUAGGUGAAUAUGCACAGCUGUGACGGUUGAUUUGUGCAAGUGAUCAGCUAUCGUAGGCAACAUAUUUGCUCAAUAGUAGGAUUUAGAAAGGCGAGUUGCAGAAUUAGAAAGCAUCACUGUUCAGAUCAACACAUUUCAGCUCUUUUAAAAGUUUUAUUUGUUGUGUUGAAGAUUCAUUCUCAUCAUGCAUUUGGUUAUAUCUUGUGUUGCCUUUAUCACUGGCAGCCAGAGCAGACACGAACAGAGGAGAUUCAAAUGCAAACCUUAGUUUUACUUCACUGGGCGAAGACGAUUUCCUGUUAAGAAGUAAAAUUGAAGAGGAUUUGAUUUGAUCCAAGAAUUUGUAAAAUGUAAGAAUGAACAUUUUUAGUGCAUGUUAAAUUGGCAUCCUUUUUUUAACAGGGUGUGGUCAUAAUAAAGGAAACAUAAGUUGUCAUCGGUGGAAAAAGAGCAGUCCACUCAUCUCAUCUAAGGCAAAUGAAUUAUGAUUGUUUUUAGACAUCAUCCUGAUAACCAGACAUAAGUGUCAUCAUUACUUACUAAUGUUAUUUGGCUUUACAAGAAUUUACAAUUACAAUUUCAGGACAAACAUUAAUAACAUGAAAUAAAAGUUUUACAUUAAACUGUAUGACUUAUGGUUGACACUGUACUCUACUUGGUGUCUCGUCUGUCAUGGUUACUUUUGGAAAAUGUUUUACACUUUUGCAGAUAAAUGCUGACUGAAGGUUUUGACUGUUUUUAAAGCUGUUGCACUGGAAACAGCUGUGCGCUUCUGCUGGAAACAAGACUGAUGAGCCAAGAAAACAAAACAUAAACAGGAAUCUGUGGACUGUAAGAUCUAAAGAAGUUCUGCAGAGCAAAAUGGGGUUGUAAACUUCAGUUGUUAUUUUCAGUAGCUAAGGCAGGGGUCCUCAACUCCAGGCCUCGAGGGCCGGUGUCCUGCAAGGUGAAUGGAAAGGGUCUUUUACAGGAGGCAUUACUGCCAACAUGAGCUCAGUUUGCUUCAACAUGCUGAAUUUAGGCGAUCUAAAUACUCUGAAUAAACAGCUGGCUUGUUGUAGUUUGUCUGAUUAUGUGACUGCUCAUGUUUUUCUGUCCCCUGUAGUGAUGUCACCAUGUUCCCAGAUGCUACAAAAAAUAAAACCCAUGUUGUAACAAA